AUGCCUCCGCCUCCAGGGAAACACGGUCAUCACUCAGCGGAUCCACCCAUCCAUCCCAGUCCGUCCCAGUCCAUCUCAGGACCUGGAGCCAAAGAGGGGCCCCCAGGGACACUCCUCACCCCACCACGCCUCAACCUCCCUGGGAUGAAACCUGGCCGCCCGCCCCUCUCCCCUCCCGGGCCACUGCUCAUCUUACAGCCUCCGCUUGGGAUGAAACCGGACCCUGGGAGAUGGAGGGGACAGGGAGAAGACAGUGAGAGGACAGAGAGAGGACUGAGAGAAGACAGUGAGAGGACUGAGAGAGGACAGUGA